AUGAGGAACAUUAACGUGUGGAAGCCUAAGCUAGUCAGUCUUCUUUCUGUUUACUGCAUAUGGAUUUCUACAGUAUAUUGUACUUUCUUGAUUAAUUGUCAGAAUUUAUGUACAGGCGGCCUGGAAGGAGAGCUUGGCAUUAAUGCUUGCAAUGUUAGUGACAUCAAUGUAGCUUGCACACAGGGAUGUCGAUUUUGGAAUGCAACAGUACAAAAAAGUUGCCCACUGCAAUGUAAUCAGACCUACAUCAGAGCAUGUGAGAGAGUUUCCUGUAAGUUUGGCUGCAGCUGUGCAGAGGAGGCUUAUGGUGCUGAAGUACAAGAUUAUUUGAACACACCUACAGCACCAUUUGCAUCUACCAUUGGAAGCCACAAUGUGACAUUGAGAUGGAAGUUGGCUAAUAUCUCUGGGGUGACAUAUAUUAUUCAGUGGAAGUACAAUCAGCUCCCUGGAGACUGGAAGUAUGCUGAGGUAGUAUCUGAGCAUUCAUACACAGUGAGUAACCUUCAAGCCUUCACAGAAUAUGUGUUUCGAGUAGUUUGGAUCAUCACAUCUCAGAUGCAGCUCUAUUCUCCGUCUAGUCCCAGUUACCGGACUCAUGCAUUUGGAGUUCCUGUUACAGCUCCUAUCAUUAAAGAUAUUCAAAGUUCGGGGCCCGACACCGUGGAAAUUAGUUGGUCUCCGCCACUUUUCCCCAGUGGAUUGAUUGUUGGAUAUAAUUUACUGUUAACCAGUGAAAAGCAGGAAUUGCGCACAGCAUCCAGAGGUCAAAGUUUCCAGUUCUACUCCACCUUUCCAAACACCACUUACAGGUUUACCAUCGUAGCAGUAAAUGAGGUUGGUAGCGGGCCACCUGCAGAAGCUAAUAUCACUACUCCAGAACCCACAGUUAAGGAAAAAGUGAAAUGGCUCUUUCUAGCCAGAAACCAAUCUCUAAGAAAGAGAUCCAUGGAAUCUUUCUUGGAAGUCGCACAAUGCCUUCAGAAUGAUGUCAUACACCACAGUAUUACAGGGAUUUCUGUGAAUAUUUACCAGCAGGUUGUCUAUUUCUCAGAGGGAAAUUCUAUCUGGGUGAAAGGAGCUGCCAGCAUGUCUGAUGUGUCUGACUUAAAGCUCUUUUAUGCUGGCCCAGGGAAAAUUACAUCAAUCUCAGCAGACUGGCUUUACCAGCGGAUGUACUUUGUCAUGAAUGAGAAGGUAUGUGUCUGUAAUUUAGAGAACUGCACAGUAGCUGAAGAUAUCACUUCUCCUUCCAUUACCUCCCCUAAGAAAAUUGUAGCUGAUCCAUAUAAUGGGUAUGUCUUUUAUCUGCUGGAGGAUGGAAUUUAUAGGGCAAACCUCCCAGUCAAUCCUGGUCAGGUCCCUGAAGCUUUGCCAAUUGUGAGAAUCGACGCUCUGCAAGACUUUGUAAUAAACUUCCUGUCCAAAAGACUAAUUUACUUCAACAAAACUGAUCAGUCCUUUGUGUCUGGUUUUCUGGAUGGCUCAGAAUUUAACAUCCUGCGACCUCAAGUUUCAUUUAGAGACAUAGAGAGCUUUGUUUAUGAGAACAAUACUUUCAUUGUCACAGACGGCAGGGCAGUUUUCCGUGAGGAGUUGUCUCCAACUGGGAUCAAAGCCUUUAAUGAAUUUUUGGUGGAUUGCGAUUUUACCCAGGCCGAUUAUUUUGGAUACAACAACUUGCUUUCUUAUGGUGCGGCAACCCAGCCUUAUCCUUUGCCAACUCAUCCUCAGCUUGUCACAGUGCUGUUUGGAUCAGACCAAGCUGUGAUCUGCUGGAGACCACCUCAACCUACUAUUGGAACCAGUCCUUCCGCCUGGCAGAACUGGACUUACAUUGUGAAGGUAUCAGCACAACAUGGUGCUGAUGAAGAUCGGAUUGUCUCCGAUAUCAGUGACACUAGGUUUACAAUGAAAGGGCUGACUUACUCCACAGCAUAUCAGGUGUCAGUGAGAGCUCUAUCUCCUGCUGGGGAAGGACCCUGGACAGAGUCUUUUAGGGGCACCACUUUAAAAGAAGUUGAAGAAGAACCUUAUAUCUUGGCUGUGGGGGACGACGGACUUUGGAAGCAGCCGUUGGAUAGUUUUGGGCCGGGAGUAUUCUUCUCUCCUAAUAUAAGAAAUGUCUCAGACAUGGACUGGUAUAAUGACACUCUCUACUGGAGCAACUCAACAGGGGAAGUUCAUAUGUGGUCACUGACUAGAAGAGCUGGUGCCAUUGAGAAGUUUCAUAUAUCUGACAUCAGAAAAGCGAGGAUAGUGGCCUUUGAUUGGUUGGGUCAGUAUUUGUACUGGGCUGGCAAAGCAAAUACGAUCUACAGAAAAUGUCUGCUGGUAGGACACACAGAUGUUGUGGUGCAUGUUGCAUUCCUGGUGAAGGAUCUUGUGGUCGAUGCAAUCAAUGGCUAUUUGUACUGGGCCACAACUUAUUCAGUGGAAAGCACCAGACUGAAUGGAGAGCACUACCUUAUGUUACAAGAGCAGCCACGGUUUUCUGGUAAACAGGUAGUUGCUCUAACCUUGGAUCUCAGUGAUGGCUUCCUGUACUGGCUUGUGCAAGACAGCCUGUGCCUAAAUCUGUACAGAGUAUCACUUUGUGGAGAGAGUUGUGGUGAUGCUGUAGUCACUGAAUUUGCAGAAUGGAGUUCUUCAGAAGUAUCCCAUAGUGCACUGCUAUACUACAGUGGACGGCUGUUCUGGAUUAAUGGCUACCAGUUCAUUACGACACAAGAAGUCAAUCAGAGCGUUAGCAUCCCCUUUUCGCAACCAGCAGAGUUUGCAGCUUUUACCCUUGCUCAGAGGUCUCUUAAACCUCUGCCAGGAAACUUUUCCUUUCCACCCAAAGUGAUUCCAGAUUCAAUUCUAGAGUCUUCCUUUAGGAUUGAAGGGAAUUCUUCACAUUUUCAAAUCCUUUGGAAUACUUCCACAACUGUGGAAUGGGGCACUGUCUUCUACUGUGUGGAGUCCAAGGUUCUACAGACCAGGUUUGUGGAUAGUGAACGGUGCCUGCCUCCUCAGAAUCUGACUGUCCCAUCCUACAAAGUCGAAGGGUUGGAGCCCUAUAUGCAGUUUGAUUUUACUGUGACUCCUUAUACGUACUGGGGGGAGGGACCUACGACAUCCAUAUCCCUUCGAGCCCCUGAAGAAGUUCCUUCAGCCCCUGAAAAUCCCAGAAUAUACGUGUCACAUGAUGGUACAUAUGGCGGCAAAGAGAGAGCUGUAGUGGAAUUUAGGUGGAAUAAACCUAGGAGAGACAAUGGAGCAUUAACAAAGUUCAGAAUUUACUAUCAAAUAGUAAAUCAAAGUGGCACCAAUGAGACUUUUACAGAAUGGAAUAUAAGCAACAUUGCACCCUCUCUGAUGUCCUUUUCGCUCAAGGAUGUGCUUCCCAGGCUGACAGUGAAGUUUCAGGUGCAAGCCUUCACAUCAGCAGGUCCAGGACCGCUAUCUAAUAUAGCAGAAGCUAAGUCAUCAGAUUUUUUUCCAGUUCCAGCUCUCAUAACUAUUUCUGCCAACAAGAUGGUCUUUACUGACAUAGACAGAAAUCAGACCAUCCAGAGUCUUUCAGCAAAAGGAGAUAUAAAGGGUGUCUGUUACACUGCUAAUGACGAGACAAUGUAUUAUAGCCAGGAAGAUUCCCUUUUUCUUCUGAAUAUACAGAAUAAUUCCAGGCUUCAGCUUUUCAAACAUGAAUUUCUCCGCAAUGUCACAGCUAUUGCAAUUGACUGGAUUGCAAGACACCUCUUUGUUGCCUUGAAAACAUCACAGAAAGGAACUCAAAUAUUUAUUAUGGAUCUUGAACUCAAGGCAAAAUCCCUUAAAAUGUUGAAUGUACAGUCAAGUAACAAAUACUUGACUAUAUCAUCUCUCUCAACAUAUCCUUUCUUGAGUCGUCUGUACUGGAUGGAAGCCUUUGAUUCGGGCCACUGGAUAUUUUAUUAUGAUAUCGUGAAUAAUACCAUGCACCGCAUUUUGGGACACUCACCUUUAGAACAUCAGACAAGAAGAAGCUACUGCAGUUGCAAUGUGACGGAAACAGACCUCGGAAGAGCAAUGACUGUAGCUAUGUCUGACUCCAAGACAUCCCAUAUUUUCUUUAUCAAAGGAAGGGAUGAAAUCUGGGCCUCAGAUUUAGAUGGAUGCCACUGCUGGAGAGUUAUCAAUGUUCCUAGUCUUCAAGACAUGACCAUUGGUAGUUUGACUGUCGACAGACAGUUUAUAUACUGGAGUGUUGUAACAAAAGACUAUGCGGCAAUUUAUCAAGCAAAUAAAGAAAGCAAACCCCUCUUCUUUCAGGAAAGAGCCCAUGAACAGGUGCAAAUCUUAGCCUACAGCACAGCCAUGCAGCCCUACCCAGAUAAAGGAUGCCUGACUCUAGCUUCAAAUGCUGAGAAACCUACUAUUCUUAAUAUUACAAACACCAGUUUUACAGUAAGCUUACCGCCUGUCAAAACACAACUUCUGUGCACUGGCAUAACUCUCCCUACUUCAACAUACCUGGUGUACUAUGGAAAAGUUACUAAUGAUGGCAGGAGCUCAGCCCGCUGUUUGUCUGGCCUACAUUGUACAGUAAUGGAACUUCAGGAAAAUAUAGCACUUAUUGAAGGCCUACAGCCAUUUUCAAGUUAUGUGAUACAAGCUGCUGUGAAAAACUAUCAUUCAGAUUCUUCUGAGCAGCCACUUUGGGGGAAAGAGACCAUUGGCACAACUCUUUAUGGAGUACCAGAGGCAGUUAACCUCAUUGAGAUACUGGUUCUGUCUGAUGACACCAUCAAUAUAUCUUGGAGUGAGCCUUCACAGCCAAAUGGACCCAUAGACUCUCUCCGCUAUCAAAUUACUGUCAACUUUUUACCCCCAAUUCCUGCAGCUCCUUUGAGAAAAAAUGAAUUUCCAAAUGGAUCACUUGCCUGGUCCAUUAACAGCCUCAAUGGUGGAACAAAUAACGUAUUCAAGGUUCUUGCUUUUCAUCCAGAGAAGAACUGGUUUUCUGAGAGUGCCCCUGUGUUUGCAGCAACGUUUGAGACUCCGCCUGUCCCAGUUCAUAUAAUUGCCAGAAACACCAGUUGUCAGUUAGAAUGGAGGUCUCCUUUGCAUGGCAACAUAACCAGCUUCUGGUUUGAAUUGCAGAAGUGGCAAACAAAAAAUGGCUGGUUUUGUCCUGCAAACAUCACCUGUACGGCAGGUCCCAUGUAUAAAUGUCAUCUCACGGGAGUUCGUCCUGACACCAACUACUUUGUGCGAGCAGCAGUUAUUUACGUAACCGGAGCAAAAAGCACCUCACCUCCAGGAAGCUUUAAAACUAGGGCUGGAGUUCCAAGUAAACCAGGAAUCCCCCAAAUAGCAGAGGAGAAUAAAAAUUCUGUACAGUGGGAAAAAGCUGAAGACAAUGGAAGCAAUCUUACCUACCACAUUUUAGAAAGCAGGAAGGGCUCCUGGAACACAAGUGAAAUGAAGCCUUCUUGGGAGAUGGUUUACAAUGGCUCUUGUACCAAUAUAUGCACAUGGAAGGCCAAGAACCUAGAAGGAACUUACCAGUUUCGAGCAGCAGCUGCAAAUAUGCUGGGACUGGGUGAAUACAGUGGCAUCAGUGACAAUAUAGUGUUGGUUAAAGAUGCUACGCCCCGCCCAGAGGCAACCAUUACCAUAGCUGUUGUGACUGGAGUGAUUGCCUUCAUCUUAAUUGUGAUUGCACUGUUUGCUUUUGUCUGGCACAGAAUAUUGAAGUUCAGAAAGUCUGCGCAGCCUGGGCAGAUAGUGCUCGUCAGGGAAGAUAAAGAAUUAGAUCAACUUAGGGGGCUGGCUGAUGCUGUGGGAUUGUCUAAUGCUUGCUAUGCUGUGAGCACUCUUCCUACUCGGGCAGAGAUUGAAUCUUUGCCAGCCUUUCCUCGGGACAAACUGAAUUUGCAUAAUCUGCUGGGAAGUGGAGCCUUCGGAGAGGUGUACGAAGGGACUGCAGUAGAUAUCACAGGAGCUGGAAAUGGGGAAUCCAAAGUGGCAGUGAAGACUUUGAAGAAGGGUGCAACAGACUAUGAAAAGAGUGAGUUCCUGAAGGAGGCACACUUGAUGAGAAGCAUCUAUAAUGGGACAGGCAGUUCUCAAACAUAUAGGAAGACGCUGUCCCUGUCUCAAAGAGUUUAUAUGCUAGGAGAUCAACCAACUAAUGAAGGGUUGGGGAGGAGGGAUAAAUCUUGGUUCCGAGGUCCUUUGCUAAAAGUGGCCGACCUUCUGGCUAUCUGUCUGGAUAUUUGCAAAGGUUGUGUCUAUUUAGAAAAAAUGCACUUCAUUCAUAGGGACCUGGCAGCUCGUAAUUGCCUUGUGUCAGUGAAGGAAUACAGCAGCCUCUCCCGAAUAGUGAAGAUUGGGGAUUUUGGACUUGCCAGAGAUAUCUAUAAAAACGAUUAUUACAGGAAAAGAGGAGAAGGGCUGCUCCCUGUGAGAUGGAUGGCACCUGAAAGUCUUAUUGAUGGUGUGUUUACUAACCGAUCUGAUGUCUGGGCUUUUGGAGUCUUGGUUUGGGAAACUUUAACUCUGGGUCAUCAGCCGUAUCCAGGUUACUCCAAUCUUGAUGUAUUACAUCAUGUACAAUCUGGAGGGAGGCUGGAGUUGCCAAACAAUUGUCCUGAUGAUCUAUGGGAUUUAAUGACAAAAUGCUGGGCCCAAGAACCUCACAAUAGGCCUACGUUCUGUUAUAUUCAGGACCAACUGCAAGAACUGAGAAACUCUCCUAUGUGCUGCACUCCCCAGCUUGAGGACAGAAUGCUUUCUGCUGGAGUCCUCAACCACGCCUUUGAAGAUGGUGAUGCUCCAUGUACAGAUUCAGAAAGUACUCUUUCAGCUGCUUUAAUGGAAACCAGGAACAUCGAAGGCUUAAACUAUUUGGUACUAGCCAUAGAAAGCAACCAAGAUCAAGAAAACAGAGAUUCAAAUGAGCUGGGUGACAUCUGAUUCCUUCAGUCAGAGGAAAGAAGAGAAGGCACCACGUGCAGAUGAAGAAAUAAGCAAAGGAAAAUAUCCUGUACUCUGCCGUACUUUCAGCAGUCCUGAAGGUGUGAACUAUGCCUCUGAUAAUGACGAGUGAUCUGAUAGGUUUAUUUUCAGGUUAAUUACCUAGCAAGCAUGUGUCUCUUGUCAAAAUUAGAGAUGUCAUCUGAGGUUUUAUUUAAAAAACUGUAACAACUAAAAAUACUGGAAAAUAUUGCAAAGGAAAUUAAUUAUACAUAACAGAAUAGUAACCCAGUGGCAUGGGAGUUCUUUGAUCAAGAAUUCCUGAAUUUUAAGGCCCCUUGGGUAUUUCAUAUGAACUAGGUUAAUUGGACAUGUAAUCAGAUGAGAAGUUAUUUUAAAAUGAAAUUUUGGCACACAUGCAAUCAUGCUCGAAAGAGAGCAAUGAUGUGCUAUUUCAUAUAUUACAGGAGUGGCCAUCUGCGGCUUACGAGCAGCCACAUGUGGCUCUUUUACAGUUAAAGUGUGGGGUUUGUGGAGCCCCCAUGGCCCCCAUUCUCUGCCUACCAGUCUGGGGAAGGGGAGCUUGGGGCUUCUCCCCUGUGGAAGGGUGGUGGGACUAGGGGCUUCGGCCCAGUGGAGAGGGGGUCCUAAGGGCUUCAACACUGCGGGAGGUGCCUUCCAGGGCUCGGGACUUCAGCAAGAGUGGGGUUGAAGCCCAUAGCCCCACCACUCUGCCGCAGGGCAGAAGCCCCGAGCCCUGGCAGGUGUGCCUGGCUCUCGAACUUCUAAAGUUUAUUGUAUGCGGCUCAGAGGGUCAGUAAGUUUGGCCACCCUGAUAUAUUAUAAAGCUGGUUCUCACUGGCUUAUGGCAACAAUAUUGCCUGAAAUUUGGCCCACAUUUAGAUUUGUGUAAAAACAAGCUUUUGCAAAAUGUAAGAAAAAUGUCAUUUUUUUUUUACUUUAUUUUUUUGAAAUUCCAGUUGAAACAGCUGCAAUCAGAGAUCAGCCCACAGGCUGCGCAUCUUUGGGUAUAGCUUAUUUUAUUUCUUAAUUUAAAAGAAAAGGCUUUGGAACCAUUAAGUUGUGCAAUAGUUUUUCUGUGGAUCUAUAUGAUUUUUGUUACCUUUGUCCUCCCUCCUCCUUUUGUUUGUCACAAUUAGUGUGUCUUGUUUCAUGUCGGGUUGUAAGCUCUGCAGGACAGAGGCUGUCUCUUACAAUGUAUUUGUACUAUGGAUAGGACCAAUGGGGCUAUGCAGGGAAUGGGACAAUGCAGGGGUACAACAGAUCAGGUUAACAGACCCUGAUGCAAGACCUUAGAUUAGAAGAUGUCAAUAUCCUUUUCUGUAUUUGGAAAUCAAACCAAACUGUUUGACAAGUUUUCCAAAUGGAAUAUACUGACUAAAAAGCAUGGGUAAUCAAUUGGGACCAUAAUUAUAAUUGAAUGAGUUAGACAGAGUUAUUAAAUGGCAUCUCUUGCAUUAUUUAUCAAUUAGCUGUUACAAUAUCCUGUUUUCAUGCAAAUAUAUUGAGUAAUAAAGGAAACAGGAGAGAAAUAAAGAAAGCCUGGUAUAUGGGCAGAGUUGUUUUGAAACAAAGAGCCAAAUCAUCAGCUAGUCUGUAACUCCAUUGAAGUCUGGCCCAAAAUGUUUGUUAAAUGAGUAGAACAAGGUGUUAAAAUUCUGGCCUUCUAAGAGAUUAUUACAAAAUAAAUACAGAAAAUCUAUUUUAAAGUACCUGUCAAAGGCCCUAUAAAUGAUCGUUAAGAGUAGAUGAUUACAGCUAAACUUGAAAGCCUGACCUGGUGAUGCUGACAAAAAACUGUAAAGCUUCUAGUCCUUUUUUUUCCAGAUUAUGUUCACUGGAUAAGAAAAGUGUAUAUGUUUGUUUCCUCUUAAUAUGUUGGCUGAUGAGCAUUUUAUAUACAUUGCUCCCAUUUGGAUAACCUUGAAAUAAUAAGUAAUAGAAUCUUUACAUUAGGAUUCUAAAGUGAAGACAGCAAGUCCACCACCCCCAGUCCUGCCAACACACGUGGGUAACUUAACACCCAGGAAUAACUCCCUUUCAUUCAAUAGCAUUACUCAAAUGCAGCAAGGGCCUGCCUGAGCCAAAGCUCAUUGAAAUCGAUGGAAAAGAUCUCCCAUUGACUUUAGUGGGUUUUGCUUCAGGCCCAAAGUUCACAAAUAUGGCAUUCAUAGGAUUUGGGGGCUUGGUUUGGAGGAGCAGGCCUUGACCCUGCCAGUGGUGCAGGACCCUGCCAAUGGUACCACUGCACAGAUGGGAUCCUCAGAAGCACUGAGCAUGGUGUGGUGUCCCUAUCACUGAGGAUCCCUAGUUGCCCCUGAUGUGGAGAGCUAUGCUCACCCGACCACCCCACAACCUGCUCUGCAGGAGUGCUCAGAGGACAGACGGGGUGUGGCAAGAGGUAGAAUCAGGACCUGGAACCACACCCACUUCAGGCACUGUGAUCCAGGAGGUAGCAGCUACUCCCCACACACCGUCCAAAAUCAAGCUCCCCUGUGCUUACUGGCUGCAAGUGUAGGGGCCAACCAUGCAGACAGGGAACUGCAGGAACCCAGCAGUUGCACCACGAGCACCAGGGCCCCGAGCCCAGGCAGCUCUGCUGGAGAAGAAGUGUGUCUGAAGGUUGGCCAUCCCAGGGUGUGUCUAUCUCAGCCAGAUGGAGAGGUGACCCCAGACACAAUCCCCCUUGCUGCACUGUUUUGAAGCCAUGUGCCUCUGUGGCAUGGGCAUCUGUGCACAAUGGGGCCCUGUCCACUGCUGUAUGGGCAGAUCCUUCUGUGCGGGCUGUCUUUGGCUUCCAUGCUGCUUCGCUGCCUGCUCAUCCCACUCCCAUGGGGGUCCACUUGCUUGAUGAUACCCUAGGACCUAUUUAUGCAGCAGCAGGAUUAAUCCCCUAACAAGCCCAGGAUUGGGUGACAAGAAGUUAUGCUGCACGGCCUUGAGCAAGUCACUUCACUUCUCUUUCCCUCAC